AUGACAUCCGCACAAAAAGCUGCAACCCUUAAGAAGUACGAUGUUCGUCUCUCGCGACUACGUCAACAAUUGCGUUGGUACAAAGAGCAUAACCACUUGUAUAAGUAUGUGGAAGAACAAGAAGACUGGGAGACUUCUUUGUCGACUAUUGCUACACGGGUUGUGGUCGAUCAGGCUCACGAGAUUCCCCCAGCUGCAAUGGCGGUCCCCACACACCGGACCUCUAGUAACUUGGAGGAAACGAAAGAACACGAAGAAUAUUCAUUUUCACCUCGUACUCAGAACGGAGCGGGAGGCAGGCCAAGUUGUCCAAAUUCUGAUGGUACUCUGCAAGUAAUGUGUCUCCCCGUGGAUGAAGACGCUAUUCGGACAGGUACUAUUCCACACACUGAGCAAACUAUGCACGAUUUACCUUUAUUGGGCUGCAGUGGUGGUGAUGCGCUCGACAACGCUACGUGGAGGCACAAUGCACCUGCGCCAGCUCACCACAUCGUGACGGAAGAAGACGAAGUAUGUGAACAGGUCGCGGACGGCCUAAUUACUGACUUUGGACAGGUUGAUAACACAACCAGUGUUCAAAUGGCGAUCGACAGAUCACACCUUGUCGUACAUCGUUCGUCCAGCAUCCUAUCGGAUUUUGAUACUGCUUUUUGGACGAACGCAUUUACAGACUUAUUUCCCUAUGGAAAAGGUGGUCUUGAUGAACCACGCGAUGUAAAAAUCGGUUUGCAGGAGUUUAUUAAGUACUGUAUGAGGCACUCCUCACGCCGGUUUUGCCAGCAUAGAUCCUUCGCAAUGGUGGCGUUCGACGUAUUGGCAAGGCACAACACGCUCCAAGCUAUUGCAAUCAGGGCUAGAAUGCGACCAGGAACGAUGGAGCGGUCAUCUAGUGUGUCGAGAGAACAACUUCAGAGCUACGUACAGUAUCAACAAGAUCGACUUGAAGCCAUAACACAACAUCUUCCACCCCCACCAGCACCUGAGAUUGAAAAUCGAGUUUUUGAACUGUAUGACAAUAUUUCAACAGGAUUGAGGUCAUACUGGGGAUCAAAUGAGGAGCGUACACAAGCACGUGCAGACCUUUUCUCGAUGCAGCUGAAAUUUGGACAACCGACAAUAUUUUUUACAAUUUCACCCGACAGCUCGAGUACUUUUCGAAUUGCGAACUUGGCUGGAGUGAUAGAUGAUGACGUUCUAUCUCACAUGGAGGCUAGUGUGAGUGAGUGCAUGGCUUUCACCAGGGCAAAAUUGGGUCAAAUUGCAGCAGUAAAUCCGUAUAUUUGCGCACGGUAUUUCGACUAUUUGAUGAACAUGUUUGUGAAUGUGGUGUUGAAUUGGAAUAUGGAUAAAGGCUGCCCUCGAGACGAACCAGGACUCUUUGGCCAUACUGUUUCCUUUUUCGCUGCAACAGAAUCUCAAAAUUCCACGGGUUCACUUCACGCACACAUGCUGAUAUGGAUUAAAAACAUGCCGUCAACGGUCGAUGAAUAUUACGCUAUGUGUGCGUCUGAACGUUUUCGCGCAGCGAUGGUUAAGUACGUGGAGGCAAUUUCGACAGCAAACGUACCGCUAGAUAUGGAAAAGUGUCCCUCUUGUGAGAACGGCACGAUUAAACCGCUCGAACUACAGCGUCUUGCUUUUAAAAAGCCUCGUGCUGGUGCAUCGAGACCUGCGACUAGUUGCUGUGAUUUCUGUGGAGUAAACUUUGGAGCUGACGAAUUAAUUGUAAAGAGCUGUAUGCACGCCACUAAAGACGUCAAUGGUCUCGCCUACGAUGACGCCAAGGUAUUCCAAAUCAUUGCCAGUUCUCGGCCGUUGCCUCGCUGUUUUGAUCGGUUAUCGGAAGAAGCGAUCGUUUGCUCUCGCGCAUUAGUAUAUCAUCAGCACCACCAUUGGUUUCAUACUAACUCUUGUUUUAAGGCCACCAAACGAACACCCAAUGGAGACGUUUGUCGGAUGUUUAUGCCUAAAGAGACGUGUACCGAGACGAAAUGGACACCCGAGGAUCGCAUUGAAAUAAAACGAGGUGCUGGAAACGAGUACAUUAACCCAUAUUCUCCGAUAAUUAACGCUUUGUUCAAGUGCAACCACGACAUCAAAUUUUUAAGCGCCGGUGAAGGGCCUGAAAAGGCAUACUAUACGAUAAAGUAUUCAACCAAACAUCAACAGAGCCUUGAGAAUCCUUGGGCACUCCAUCUUCACGCAUUCGACAAGACCAACAAGUUCGCAAAUGACGCAGCGAACGAUCCUGCAGCUGUAGGUCGUCGUCGUGUACAAUCCAUGUGCUGUACACUUUCUAACCCCCAUGAGAUAUCUGCUCCGAUGGCCUGCUUGUAUAUUAUUAAGGGUUCGGCUAUGUACUCGUCACACCAGUUCGUCAAAUUACCAGUGGCAAUAAUUCUUAAGGCAUUGUUUGACCGGGAAGGCGAGAUGGAUGUUCUUCUGGAAGGCGACAACAAUCAUCGCAAUUUUAAGCCUUCCAGUAUAUGGCUGGACUAUGUAUACAGGCCAGCAGGACUCGAUUCUGUAAAUCUGAUGACUUUUGCGGCAGAAUGGAGUCGAAAGAAGAGCAAAAAAGGUAUUCGGUUUUUGGAAGAGCACCCGCUCUACGAAUCGCAUAGUUUAUUUCGUGUGGCGACAGAGCGUGUUGUGACAGUCAGUCACAAGCGUCUCCCAGACACCCGACAAACGGAUCUUCCAGAAACCGAAUUGCUUCGUUACCAACAAACAUUGAUGGCAUUAUUCUGUCCAUUUCGAGGUGCUGAUGAUUUUUCUACAAAUGGAGCAUCUUUGGGUCCUACUUUCGAGCUCUGGUGGGCAACGGCGGCAUCUCUUUCAGCUCGUAAUUUCGUUAAGAAUAAUCUGGAUUAUUACGUUUCACGAGACUUGCUAAAAACCCAGGAGGACCCAGAAUCCGCUCGCUAUCGGCGCUAUGAAUCAAGUUUAGAUGAUAUCGAAGACUUCGUGGAUGUAAAUGGCGAUCUGGAAAGUGACGAUGAAGAUACAGAUAGUGAUUUACAUAAUAAUGAGUCUGACAGCUUCGAUGAAGUUGUAUGGGCACCAACCCAACUGACAAGACACAUUCAACAAUUAGCAAAAUCAACAGAUUGUGUGGAUUUAGCUGCUUCUUCCACCGUCGACCCUAUAAGUAGUGUUACCGAGAUAUCUAUGACGGUCGACGAUGUUGAACAGGUUCUCCAAGAGUUAAAAUCUUCCAGCCCGCCGACAAAUUUUGGUCCCAACAAUGCGACUCUACUAUCUGAGUAUCCAGAUUUUCCGACACGAGUCCAGCUCUUACAACAAGCCACUGACAUGACACAUGCGACAACGUCGAUCGAAAAUAUUAACUACUUGUCCGCACCGCCUGGAGUAUUAAGUGGGAAGGAGAUGCCAAAGAUGUCACUUGAACAAAUAUCUUUGUCAUUGGACUUGAACGUAAAACAGAGAAAAAUGUUCACUCAUGUCGGAAAAAAAUUGCUUUCCUCGCUUUUACUGGGUCACGACACCAAUGAACAAGUUAUAGCUUUUCUUGGAGGAAAGCCUGGAGCAGGCAAAAGCCGAGUUAUUGGAGCCCUCCAAAUGCUGGCACGGACAUGGGAUUCUGCAGAGUCUGUAGCAACCGGGGCCUAUCAGGGUGUCGCUGCUCAAGCGGCAAAUGGACAGACGAUUCAUAAGUUGUUCGGGUGGUAUGUCAACAAUAAGAAGCCGUGGACACCGAAUCAAGAGCAGAAAGAGCGUUUUGCGAGACUGAAGUUGCUAAUUAUUGACGAAAUCUCGACAUGUGAUGUUGGUAUUCUUGGUAAAAUUGAUGCGUCACUGCGAAAAUUAUUGGACAAACCAACACUACUUUUUGGUGGAAUUCAUGUUCUAUUGGUUGGCGACUGGCUCCAACAAUUACCUGUAGCUGGACAGCCUGCAUUUCUCACUCUAGACGAAGCUGUACCAGUACGCCGAAAAAAUUCCUCGGACUACCUUGAUAAGAUCAGAGGGUUAAAUGCGUACCGCUCACUCAACUGUGUCGUGAUUCUGACUGACAAUAUGCGUCAUAGGGAAGAUCCUGUCUGGAAAACAAUGUUGGAUAAGUGGAGGCUAGGCAAGUACGAUAACGCUGACAUAGAUCACGUGAAUAACGUUGCCUACGACCACAACUGGACUUCUCGCAAUAUUGGUACAAAGUGCUACUGCCCGAUUAUUGUCACGUCCAAUGCACUUCGAGCAGAAUUCAAUUCAUCCGCCCUACGAGCUUUUUGUAAGCAGUCUGAGACGAUAUUACAUCGAUUUCCAGCAACGGUAUCAAGACCUCGUCACAGGCUUACCAAUGCUCAAAGAAGAUCACUCGACUGUAUCCGCGAUGACAAAACUGGAGGCAUGUCUAUAGUAUUGGAAUUUGCAGCCGGAUCGAUGGUCCAGUGUACCAAAAAUGUAUCUUCGCAAUUUAAGCUGGCGAACGGAUCCAUUGGCUCCGUUGUAGCAUUUACGUCUGCCUCUCGAGAUGCCAUUCAAGUUCGUACAGUCAAUGGUAUACAAGAACACCACCAUUCGCUUCCGCCAGAUAUCGUCUUCGUGAAGCUGAAAGACUACCCUACACGUUCUUUCUUGCCAGGUCUGCCACAGGGGGUAGUACCAGUCUGCAAAAAAAGUGAAAGAGGGGUUCAAGUCAAGUUACCAGAUCGCGAGUUCUCGAUUUCGAUUACCCAAGUUCCUCUGGUUCCUGCUUACUGUCUUACAACUGAAAAAUGCCAGGGCCUCACGGUAGAGAAAAUGAUCCUUGGUCCUAUAAGGCAUUCUACACGACUAUCCCCUCAGCGCUCAUCAUUUUACGUGGCAGUCACGCGGGUCAAAUCUUUAAACCAGCUAUAUCUUAUGUCACCACUCACAAAGCAGUUUUUAAAGUAUUUUAAACCUUCAGCAAACGUGCUGCAGGAGACCACUCGACUCGAGGCUAUGGAACUCCCAUAA